AGAGCCUGUUUGGCGUCUCCUAGCGCCACCAACCCGGCCAUCCACCGAACCGGAGCGGCGGCGGCCCCGACAGUCACCCGCUCACCAGCUCGCUCGCCGCACAGCGGCGCUGCCACUAAGGGGAGCCCCGGGCACCAGGCCCCUGCCUUUGAGGUGAUGUCCGACGCCUCAAGGCCCUUUCCAGCCCAGCCCCAACGAAGGACACCCUGAGCGUCCCGAAGCUAGCACGCCUAGCAAACAGCUCCCGCCGCCGUUCAGAUCCGCCGCCACUUGGGCCACCGUCACCACCGAGCCGCCGCGGGCCUAGAUAGUCUACGCCGAGACCGGAAGAAGGCGCCCUACAGCUGGAUGACUAACCCCAGAGCCUAGUGUGUGCUACCAUAGAGAACGGAAGGCGGAGGAGCGAGCGGCAGGACCGGAAGUGCGGCCUGCAGCUAACGCGGCGGGGCAAGAUGGCGGCGACCAAGAGGAAGCGGCGUGGGGGCUUGGAAGUUCAGGCCAAGAAGCCGAAAAGGAGCCGGAAAGAUGCCGGGCAGCCCGCUAAGCCGGACGCUGUGGCGAAAGAGGUGGAGGAGGAAGAGAGAGAUCGCAUUCCAGGCCCCGUUUGCAAGGGCAAAUGGAAAAAUAAGGAGCGGAUCCUCAUCUUUUCUUCUAGAGGAAUAAAUUUCAGAACAAGACACUUAAUGCAGGACUUAAGAAUGUUGAUGCCCCAUUCUAAAGCAGAUACUAAAAUGGACCGUAAAGAUAAAUUAUUUGUGAUAAACGAGGUCUGUGAAAUGAAAAACUGCAAUAAAUGCAUCUACUUUGAAGCUAAGAAAAAGCAGGAUCUCUAUAUGUGGCUUUCAAAUUCACCUCAUGGGCCGUCUGCUAAAUUCUUAGUUCAAAAUAUUCAUACCCUGGCUGAACUGAAGAUGACUGGAAACUGCCUGAAAGGUUCUCGCCCCCUUUUGUCUUUUGACCCUGCUUUUGAUGAAUUGCCACAUUAUGCUUUGUUAAAAGAACUCUUAAUUCAGAUCUUUAGUACACCACGGUAUCAUCCCAAGAGUCAGCCAUUUGUGGACCACGUGUUUACAUUCACCAUUCUGGAUAACAGGAUAUGGUUUCGGAACUUCCAGAUUAUAGAAGAAGACGCUGCUCUAGUGGAAAUAGGACCCCGCUUUGUCUUAAAUCUCAUAAAGAUUUUUCAGGGAAGCUUUGGAGGACCAACUCUAUAUGAAAAUCCUCAUUACCAGUCUCCAAACAUGCAUCGGCGUAUCGUAAGGUCCAUCACAGCUGCAAAGUACAGAGAGAAACAGCAAGUCAAAGAUGUUCAGAAACUGCGGAAGAAAGAACCAAAGACUGUUCUUCCACAUGACCCCACUGCAGAUGUCUUCGAUAUACCAGCAGAGGACAAGCCAGUAGAAAUACAGUGGGUGAAACCAGAGCCUAAAGUAGAUCUGACAGCGAGAAAGAGAAGGAUUUACAAAAGGCAUCGGAAACUGCAGCAGAAGAUGAACAGGGGGAGUGCAAAGUGAAUCAGUGGAUAACUAUCUUUUUUAGUUACUGGAUAUUUAUUUUGUAUUCCAUGUGUAAAUACUUUUAGUAUCAAGAACUAGCUAUGUCUAAUUAAGGUGCCAUUUUAAAAAAUUAAAAUCUUAAAGGCAAUGUUGGUCUUUUUCUAAAUAAAGCAUCUCCAGAAUGCA